GCCAGUCUCUGGCACCGUUAUUUUGGGGGUCGGCCUGAAAAGUUUGGGAACCCCUGGGGUUGAGGGCAGUGCUAAGAAACAGAGGUUGUCCUGGGACAUUUACAUUUUUCAGUUUUUAAAUGUAAAUAUGUUAAUCCAGAAUGGAUUAUGGCGUUUCCAGCAGUGUACGUAUGGACAGACAGACGGUGCAGAGGACCAGGGAGGCCUUCCUGAGUGGCAGGACCCGGCCUUUGGAGUUCAGGCUGCAGCAGCUGCAUGCCCUGAAGCGGAUGAUCAGUGAGAAAGACACAGAAAUUUCAGCUGCACUUAAACAGGACAUCAACAGGAGCCAGUACGACACACCUCUCCUGGAGCUGAUCGGCAUUGAGAAUGAAAUCAAGCUGGCAAUAGACAAACUGGCCGUGUGGGCAGCUCCUCGGCCUGUAGAGAGGAACCUCCUCACCAUAUCAGAUGAGGUUUAUAUUCAGCCUGAGCCCCUUGGAGUGGUACUUAUUAUUGGAGCCUGGAACUACCCCUGGGCCCUCACUCUGGUGCCCCUGAUCGGAGCCAUAGCUGCAGGCAAUGCAGCUGUGGUGAAGCCGUCAGAGCUAAGCGAGUAUUCUUCCCUCCUCCUCCGGGCACUGCUGCCUCGCUAUCUAGACAAGGACCUGUACCCAGUAGUAACAGGUGGCGUGUCUGAGACCCAGGAGCUGCUGAGGCUGAGGUUUGACCAUGUCUUCUACACAGGAAGCAGCACAGUUGGUAAACUGGUUAUGGAGGCUGCGGCUCGCCACCUCACUCCAGUUACCCUAGAACUGGGAGGGAAGAGUCCCUGUUACAUUGACAAGAACUGUGACAUCAGAACUGCCUGCCGUCGUAUCACGUGGGGUAAGUUUGUCAACUGUGGUCAGACCUGUAUCGCUCCAGACUUCAUCCUGUGUGAACCCUGCAUCCAGGGUCAAGUGGUGGAAUGCAUCCGACAAACUCUGCUGGAGUUUUAUGGAGCUGAUCCCAAAUGCUCACCUGACUACGGCCGGAUUGUCAACCAGCGUCACUUUAACAGAGUGAUUGGCCUGAUGGAGGGUUACACUCCAGUGGUGGGAGGCCAGAGUGAUGCUUCACAGUGCUACAUCGCCCCGACAGUCCUGAAAGACGUGCCUCCCCAAUCCAGAAUGAUGCAGGAGGAGAUCUUUGGUCCUCUGCUGCCCAUCGUCACUGUGAGUGACAUGGAUGAUGCCAUUCACUUCAUCAAUGAGAGAGAGAAACCUCUGGCCCUGUACAUCUUCUGCAGUGAUAAGAAGGCUUCCAAAAAGAUGAUUGGUGAAACCACGAGUGGAGGAGUGACGGUCAAUGACGUGAUGAUGCACUACACACUCAGCUCUCUGCCGUUUGGUGGUGUUGGUCAGAGUGGUAUGGGCCGUUACCAUGGAAAACACACCUUUGACCAGCUAAGCCACCAGAGGGCGUGUCUGAUCCGGUCUCUGGGCAUGGAGAGUGUCAACUUGGCUCGGUACCCUCCCCAGGACCGCCGGCGGGCGCGUAGGGUGCGGAUGGCCCUCAGGUCACCCCUGAUUGACAUGUCCAAGAGAACAUUCAUCUGGGCUGUUACCGCCACCAUCAUUGGCUUCGGCCUGUUCAUCACCCUCCUGGUCAUCCUGCUCAUAGCUUCAGGCCUCAACUGUACCUGCUGGUACUGGAGAGGCUUUUAUAACUACUUCUACUGAUAACCAGAGACACUUCUCAAAGACAGUGCCUGUAAUUUGUGUUCCAUGUUACACACCUGAACAAAAUGAAUCCUGUUUUACAUUCAGAUGUUUGAAAUCUUUACAUAUAUGUAUGUUUUAAAUAUAAAACUGAUGGUUGAGGGUUUGAGGCCAUUAGAUCUAACUUAUAUUUGCCGUGUGCAUGAUUUUGUACAUGAUAUGGUUCUUGUUUGUUGCGAGAUUAACUUACAACUUAC